UCGAAAUAUCGAUUGGACACAGCUGCUUGUGAAUGAAAAAAAGCGUAAAAUCGAAUCGUAAAACAAAUUCGCGAAAGGCCAUUACCGCCCUCCCCAUAAAGUCAUAGACGCGUGGAUCAAGGUAGAAAGGGAUCAUAGAGGAGGCUAGGAGCAACAAGGAGAUCCUGCCAGGACAUUAACCAGCCGUUCGUCCUUUCCACCGGCACACAAUGGAUCUACUAUAGUGUGUGUGUACGAGAGUGCGGGCGUGUGUGUGCGAGGUUGUAGUAGUGGGCGAGUGCGUGUAGUAGUAGUACGAACGAGUGUUCGAGGCGACGGGGAAAACAAAAAGAAAUUUGGUUUUAGCUCAACACUUCAUCUGGAAUCCCGGCGAGAUGAGUGCGUAGAUGUGAAGUGCGAUCGCUGAUGCGCUAUCACCACUUUCCGGCGCUGGAGGCAGUGCAUCAAACCGGAGCAGGCGAGGGGCAAUAGGGGAGUCAUCCGGUUAAAUCCCGACUUCGAUCCCGUAAUGCUGCUGGCCGCAGCCGGUCUGCCGGCCUACGACGCCGGGAAGUUGGCCAGCAAUGCCGGUUCCGGCUCCAGCGGCGUGGGUUCUGGCGGAGUGGGCACGCCUACGACGUCCACCUCCCGACCCAGUGCAGCUAGUGCGCUGAUGAAGACCCUGUCCGUGCGCCUGCAUCGCGGCACCGAGUUCAUCAAGGACACCGUGCAGAAGGCCCUGGUCAUGUCCGCGCCCACGCCCGUAGCCCCAGCACCAGCUCCUGCUCCCAAGAUCCUGGACCACAGCCUUAAGCGCAAGCUAAGCGGCGCUGGUGGGCUUAUGGGUUGCAGCAGUAUGGGUAGCACAACCUCAUCAAUCGCCGCCAGCUCGAGGAGCCACCACUACUCCCUGUCCAGUCAGGUGACUUCAUCACAGGUACUUCCCCUGGCCAGCCAAGUGCCCACAGCCGCCUUCCUGCGCACCUACACAGUGGCUCCCACGGCCCUCCACCGAUCAGCUACCGCCCGGAAACGCAAUCCCAGCACCGACAGUCUGCUAAUGGACCUGUGCCUCUUCAAGCCUAUCCGGCCAAUGCCCAUUACGCCAAUCAAAAUCCACAAGUUCCGCGGCUUUGAGCUGAAAAAACCAAAAUUUGUGCCGGCUGCAAAUCCGGACAGCGAGGAGGACGAGGACGACGAUGAAGAUGAGUCUGUCCACAAACCAAAGCUCAGCAACUUGACAUUGCCAACAAAUGAGGGCUCGGCGUUCGUCCCGAUGCCCUAUAUAGAAACCACCAAUAUAGCCAUCACCGCAACCACCACCACAAACAGCAGGAGCAGAUCCCGCUCCAUCAACACUCACACCUCAGGCUCUGCUCAGGCCAUUGCCAAUCCAAAGGCAAAACGUCGCCGCCGCGCUCCCAUGCUGACAGCCAAAAGACGACGCAAGGCACCAGAUACGGAAUCUACUUCCUCAGCGGAUGCAGUAACUGAAAUAAAACCUCCCGCCAAGCGUAAGGCAGCGGGAUCAAGUGGAGGAGCCAAGCGCAGCCGUGGAGCAUCAGCCAAUGCCUCCUCGACAGCGGAUCCCAUUAAAUCUCCGGUAGUGAUCAAAACUGCAAGCAAGAGCAAGGCAUCUUCUAGCAGUGCAGCUGCCAAACGCAGUCGGGGGGCUUCGGUGAUGGAUGCGGCUCCACUAACAACCACAUCCACCUCUUCAUCUGCUCCAGCUGUGAAAGCCAGCAAAACCGCAACGAAGCGCAAGCCAGCCACUGAAAGAGAAGCCACCAAACGCAGUCGUGAAUCGGCAGCCUUGCCUGCUCGUCCCUCACCACCCAUGACACGUCAACGCGCCCGUCAGCAGAUCUCCGCCAGCAACUAAGCUCCAGAGAGAACUUGGAUGCUCGCUCAUUGGAACGCAAGCCCAUAUGGCAGAAACAAGAAAAUUAGAAGAAAAAUCAACAAUAGGAAAGAGUCGCGUAGAAGACUCGCUAAGUUCUAAGUAUUUGGUUCUAGUUACUGUUUAUGUGUACGUGUUGCGACUUUCCUUUGAAGUAAGUGGAUAAGCCAGUAACCAUGUAAAGUACACCUAGUUCAACUCGUUUCGCUUUCGUUUCAUUUGUGCAAUCUAAAUUGUUCGGAUAAGCUUGAGUUUGAGUACUCGGGUUUCCAUUUGUCACUUUGAAUUACUUUUCGGUAUUUGUUUUACAGAAUUCUGGCUUGGUCUUCAAGACUGAUUUAACAAAAUGCAUCCGCUGCGAAUAACAUGUAAUACAAGAUUAUAAAUUCAGGGGAGUUUUUAGGAAUUUAUGUUUAGCCCUCAUACAACCAACCAUUAAGCAGAAAGUAUUAAAUGUAUAAAGAAAAUAGUAAAAUUUAAGCCAUUCCUGAUAAUACGUUUUCGACCAAAAUUAUUUGUCACUACAACAAUACCGGUUACUAGUAGAAUAGUACAAUGGAUCUUAGCCGAGUCUGUCCUUCCGUCUGUCUGUCUGAGCGCUGAGGUCUCAGGAACCAUCAGUGAUAGGUAGUUGGGACUGAGAAUGCAGAAUCCAGAUAUCUGACUAUGGCUAACACAGUAACUGGUAUCAGAUAGUCGCGGCACCCGACUAUAGCGUUUACUCUUGUUUUAUGUUAGCUUAGGAGUGUCUCUGUUCUAUGGAUGUACAAACAAGGUUCAACGUUAUUGGUUUGAUUUAGUUUACGUGCUUGCCUCUGAGGCAGCUAAAUGAGCAUAUAAGGAUGUAAGAGCAGGAGGACGGAGAAAACGCCACAACUACAAUUAAUUUUCCUACUUUAAUUAAGUUUGUUAGAAUUUAUAGCCUAGAUACAAAGUAAACAAUUCAUUCAUACAAGUAUAAAUAAUGAUAUAUAUAUAUAUGUAAUGAUAUCUUUACCUAAACGUACGGUCUAUCUGUAAGAACAGCAAUGAUAUAAAAUAUAGAAAUCUAUAUAUAAAACAUGCCGGUCAAAUCAACUGUGUGUUGUGAUAUGAACUAAUUUAUAAAACCAAGCGAAAGACAAGUAAGCCCAUUUAAAUUAUUUGCUUGACCCAGACAACACCGAAACACUCAAAAAUCAAUUUAAACCUUUGAUAUAAUUAAGAAGUAGAAGUUGGAAUAUAUGAACGAAAUUCAAAUUUGCGGAACACAAAAAGUUGAAAGUUCGCCCUAAGCUAAAGACAAUUUCAAGCGAUUCUAAACGGAAGCAAAAUUACUUAAACACACAGCGAGUUGUAUGCGUCAAUAAAAGAUAUAAAUAAAUUUAAAA